CUGGAGCUACGCCAGGCUCUACUGUAUCAUUGCCUCCUUUCCUUUUGACCAUGCAGUCACAACCUUUUGAAACACAUCCCAUUGUCGCUCACCAUGUUGCUAGUAUGUUGGGGGAACUCAAACAGCAAUUCGUCGAAAGGUUUCUUGAUACCGACUUCAGUGACAUACAAUCAACGGCGACUGGGGUACAAAGAUUGAAAGAGUUGGUCAAAUCGAUUCCCAAUUCACCUGGGCGCCCAUCGGAUGAAGUCCUCACCAUUCAGGAACGGAGACUCACGGAGCCAUGGGCAGAGAUCGACGAAGAGUAUGCACGUACAGCAGACGAAUGCCAGACAAGUGCACGCUACGGGAAGGUUCAUUUCAGGGCACAUUUCAAUCAGAAAGAGUCGAAGAUCGUCCUUGACUCCCCGAUGCUGGGAAUCCUCUUGCUGCGUCCGAACGAUGAAACGUAUACAGAGGGCCUUCUUGACCCGCCAACUGUUUGGAUUAGACCCUCUCAACGAAAAAUUAGAGGCCAGAAGGCUAAUGCUAAUCAACGCAGGCUGGAGGUGGUGAGAACCACCUACUUGAGGACACCUCAUCGGAUUAAUGCAGAUCUAAUCAUCAAUUUGGCCUUUAAUGGGGUCCCACCGAGGGUGUUUUCUGAUCUUAAUCAGAAGAAUAUGCAAGAAAAAUUCGAUGCUCUAACAACAUGGACGGGUGAUCGGGACAUGCCCAAACUCUGCCGUUAUAUCGAACGUCAAGGAGGUGUACUACCCAUACGCCUAAGUCGUCUACCUCCCGAACCUACAGCCCUCAAAGCAAAUAACAGGUUCCGUGAAAGGCAUACAGAUUUGGUGGGAGAGGCGCGUGAAGAAGGUGAUGGGGACGACGAUGAAGAGGAAGGCCUACUCAAUUAUUUCCCAAAUCUAAUCUCAGGCCAACCAGCCACCUUAAAUGAAACUGUAGUUAGGCUGAUCCAGUCUGGAUUUACGCCCCAGGGUUGCCCUUAUUUAGCUGAAUUAAUAAGAUAUAUUCUAAGGAAGCAGUUGGAGGAAUGCGUGCAUAAUAUUGAGCUCUAUGUAGUCCCCGAAGCGUUUAAGGACCUUCUUGGAGAAAAUGAG